UCUUUCUCACUCCCUCAUGCUCUGUACACCUCUUUCUUUCUCGCUCUGAUUUGCCUCACCAGGUCUAUCACUCUCUCUGUUUCUCUCUCCUCUCUCCUCUCCUCUUCUCAGUAUGGUGAGGAUGACUCUGGGAGCUCUGGCACUUUUUGUAGCUGUGUGUGGAGUGUCAGUUUUUGUGUUGCUGGGGGUGGCCAUAGGGACAGACUACUGGUACCUGAUAGAUGUCGCUCAGAGGGAAAACAUCUCCAACCUCUCUCUCAACUCACACUCAGGACUGUGGAGGACCUGCAACUCCCAGAAGCUCUGUCAGCCAUUCGUCAACCCGUUUGAAGGCGGACAAAACCUCACAGACUCUUACAGACAACUUUUAAAUAUGCACGGGACAUUCAUGGUGUUGCUUCCUCUCAGCAUGAUCAUCAUGGUUGUUGGGGGACUGAUGGGGUUCAUCGGCCUGCUGGCCAGAGCUUACCUACUACUGCUGAUGACUGGUGUACUGUUACUACUGGGAGCUCUGUCCUCACUAACAGGGGUGAGUGUGUACAUGGCCUACUCUGCUGCAGUCUUCCAGGAGGCUCUGUGUCUGGCUGAGCAGAUGGGGGUCAAUAUGGAGGGGGUCCAGAUCCUGUUUGGCUGGUCUCUGGUCCUGUCCUGGAUCUCUAGUGGAACACAGCUAUUCACCUCCGCUGGCUUCCUGCUGGCCUGCAGAACCAUCACUACACAGAGACAGGAACUGAAAUUAUGAGACAUGGAGGGAGGGGGAGAAGCAGGAGGAGAGAGAGGGAGGAGGAAAGAGA